AUGGAUGUCUCAAACUUUGAUAUCUUUGCCUCAUCGGAAUCUGAACAGCAUCACUCGCAUCUUGGCAUCCAUGAUAUCGAUGAAUGGGAAGAAGAGAUGGAAACGAGGAAGCUUGCAGUACCCCAUGAACCGAGUCGCAAAAUGAAGGCAGCCGCCCAUAGUCCCGAUUCUAACAUGAAAGCUGCUGAGGAAAAGGCAUUGCUAGAAUUAGGCGCUGUUAACUGGGUCGGACGGCUGCAAGAAUAUAGAGCCGCCAAUGUCAGAGCCGCCCAAAGGCUAGAUCUUGAGUUUAUCGAAGAAUUAUCCCAUUCAAUGCAUUUCCCGAGAUUUUCAUGCACCGUUCUAAUUCCGGAACACCCGCGCCCAUUUGGCUCCAAUCUGAACACACUCUCUUUUGCUUCCAAAAAGCCGGCCAAGCAAUACGCGGCGAAAAAGGCAAUUGAUUGGCUUAUAGAUAACAAUUAUAUGCCAGAUUCUGGCGCCGUCCGCUUUUCCAAGUCCCAAAAGCAAUCACUGACUUCUAUGUCGCAAGAUGCUGCCUCCACGUGUGCUUCUAGAGUACCUAGACUAUGUCAAAGGCUCGGCUUCAGUCCUCCACGCUAUGUUAUUGAGCCUGUCACUCCAGGCAGUUCAUUUUAUGAUGCAUAUGUCGAUUUUGGCAAUGAUCAUCGUGUAAAAGGAGUAAUAGGAGAGAUUAAUAAUAUCUAUGGGAAAAAGAAUGCGAAAGAAGAGCUUGCAAAAAUAGUGGUCGAGUUCUUGAGAGUUUUUGAGAAAGAACGUUUUGAGCGAAUGGAUCGAAGGGCAGGGCAGAAACAACUGAUGUUGAGACAGUCGGGUUUGCCAUAA